CGUCCCCGCCGCGACCCCGAGGCGCUGGUGCGCCGCCGGUGGCGGCACCGAGCGUCGUGGGGAGGAGGGCCUGGCGCAAGCGGUGCGGCCCGCUCCGCCCCACCAGGUGGUGCAGACCAGGCAAGAACAAUGGGGGCGCCCAAGGAAGCCCGCGACAGACGCGGAGGAAGGGGAGCGAACCAGCAAGCAGCAGCUACACGUAGGCAGCCACUGGACUGGAAGCCGCAGAGAACACCCCGACGAGGAGGGGCAGAGGGCGGGAACUUGAGAACGGGGGGAGGCGUGAACGACGAGGAGCAAGGCAGGCGAAAACCAGGCGGCGACGGACACGAAGCUGCCCGCGGCAAGCAGCACACACGGAGUCGGCAGCGGCACACGCCCUGCCCCGGGGGCCGGCGGACCGGUGCAGGCCCAGCCUCUCCUCGUGUGGCCAGCGGCCGCCGCCUGAGCCGCCUCGCGAGGCGCCAGGGCCCGCUUCGGAACCGAGGGGCUCGCUUCGGCACGGCACGUUCGAGAACUUCGUGCUGUGAGCAUGCUCCGCCACGCACCGCUUCCCCUGCGACCCCCAAAAUUUGGGACCCGAGUGCGGCAAAACAAACAACGGCCCGUGCUCUCCUGCAGCAUAUGCUGCUGCGUGCAUGCGACGCGCCCGCGGCUAUAGCCACGCCGCUUGCCCCGCUUGCCCCGCUGUGCCGAGCUCUAAUGGGUCAGCCCACUUGCACGGCGCAGCUGGCUCCAGGGCACGCCCUGGAGGCGGCGCAGAACAGAAUAAUCGACAAACUCGAGCUGCUGGGAAGUGCAGCCCGAACUGCUCCGCAGCCGCCUUCUGCACACCAGAGCUCUCGCUCCGAGGAUCGGGGGAACUGGCGCAGACUCUGGAGGGCGGGACUGCGCGGGCGGGCAAGCGAGCGCGGAACGCUCGAGGCAGAGGGGGCGCAGAGGAACAGCCUCCUCCGCAGAGGGCCCCUUCCCUUCUGGCACGCGCCGACAUGGAUUGGGGAUCCACGGGUCGGGGCGAGGAGCAGGAUGUGGAGGAGGAGGAGGAGGAGGUGGAGGUCGAGGAGGAGGAGCACAUGCCUUGAGACGCCACACUCCCAAGCCGCCUCUCAUCUGGAGGCGAAUGAGGCUCUAGGGGGAGUGGCCUCCUGGCUCGUCCAAGGGGACGAAGCAGUGGAUCGUCUUGCCGAGGCUGCCGCGUCAUCAGGGCUGAGCAGGAGGCCGAGCAGCGCGCCAAGGGCGAGGCCCGCCGCAGCGCGAGCCUGCAUGGGGCCUGCAGGCGCCCGCAGCAGUUGCCCCUCCUCCCCCGCCCCCCC